AUGUAUGGACAACAUGAUGGACUAAAUCCCAUCACCAACUCAAGCAGGCUCAGGCAUGCUGUCAUCGUCCUUGUUCUCAGCAGGAGCAGGGUCGUCAGCAUUGUUCUCCUUGCCAGGGGCAGAACCAUUGCUGUUAUUGUUGCUGGUACUGUUGAUGUUGCCGUCUCCUCCAUUGUCAUCACUUGUCGAGAAGUGGAGAUUGAGGUACAGAUAUAUGGACCAGUAGAUGCUGUAGCACUUGAGGAUGGGCAGGCAUCAUUGCACCUAGGGUCAUCAGCUGUUAUUCAUUCCUGUAUGAUACAAGAUGUGGUGUACCUUCAGAAUGUUCCACUGUCUCCACAUAAAGCGGGUGUAGUGGAGCAGCCAACAUAUAUUGUUUUUACGGGUGACAAGCAUGUCAUAUGUUAUACACCCAUUGCUAUCUGGCAGUGUGUAAAACCCAUAACAUUUCUGACCCAGAACCAAAGCCCCAAAGUAGAAAUAUGUGGCUGGAUCAACGCAGCUGUGCUCACUCAGCUCAUGCAAAACAUGGGCCUCAGCAGCCACCCAAUGGCCAGCCAAUUUAUUGGAAGUGCAUGCGGUAAUUGGUAUAAGGUCAUUUACCACAUCCAACAUUUAGUUAUCAUCACAAUGUUCAAGCUCCAAGUCAUCAUUGCUCACAAUGACCCAGAUUAUCUCCGGAAUGGAAGAUCACUAUUGGUGACUGUUGACUGGAAAAAGAUUCAAGCUUGGACCUCAGCUCUAGAUGCUACAAAUGUUUUGCAAUGGAAGCAAUCACAGCAAAACCUUCUCUUCCCACAUCUAUAUCCAGUGGGUAUGAAACUUUUCUCCCAUCUUAAACCUCCUGCCCUUCACAGGGGCCAAAAUGGAGAAGCAGGAUGUUCACAAUGGUACUCCUCUUUGAGUUGGUGUUUGGACUCCCGCAACUCAUCCCCACCACACUGGUCAUCUUCAUGCAUAUUUUCUGAGGAGUAUUUCCACCUCUACAUCUACACAUCUCCAGUGCGGUAG